CUGAGCCAUGGGUCAUUGGUACUCAGGCGCGCCACUCCGCCCUGUCCUUCAUGCCGCUUCUCAUGGCAGGGGACAGGCACGGGGCCUCCGCGCUGGUCCCUUGGGUGUUGGCCGCUUGGAAUGGCACUGGGCUUCAUGCAGCGCCGGAGCUCUCGCAAGCUUACCCUGCACCGGCAACGAAGCCAUACGCAGCGCUGCGGAGUCAGUCGCAGGUUGGAGAUGGACGGGAACGAUUUCACUUUGGAGGGUGAACGUCAUCGCAUCUUGUCGGGCUCUGUGAGCUACUUCCGAGUCUUGCCCCAACAAUGGCGCGAUCGCUUGGAGAAGCUGAAGGCACUGGGGUGCAAUGCAGCUGAAGUCUAUAUUCCUUGGAAUCUUCAUGAACCUGAACCAGGGACGUUCAACUUUGAGGGGCGCUGUGAUUUGCUGACUUUUCUGAGCCUUUGUCAAGAGCUGGAGCUGGAUGUGCUCUUAAGACCUGGGCCAUAUAUUUGUGCAGAAUGGGAUCUGGGUGGUCUGCCCUGGUGGUUGCUGAAACGCCCGGAUCCUGUACCUUUGAGGUCGUCGGACAAAGACUUCCUGACGGCCGUGCGCCGCUGGUGGAGUGAGCUCUUGCCGAAACUCGGGCCCUUUUUGGCGGCUCGUGGCGGGCCUAUCAUCGCCAUGCAAGUGGAGAAUGAGUAUGGCUACUGGGGUGCAGACAAGAACUAUUUGGAGGAGUUGAGGACUAUUUUGCUUGAGGAGUUUGGCAGUGAUUGUCCCUUACUAUUCACCAGUGAUGGUACAUUUUGGCCAGACCUACAGCAGAAUGGUGGCUUGGAUGGCAUGCUGCGCACCGCCAACUUUGGCUCAGAUCCUGCACAGCGACUAGCAGAACUGCGUGCAGCACAGCCCCAAGGGCCCUUGUGCAAUAUGGAGUUCUGGAUAGGUUGGUUUGAUGCCUGGGGAGCUUUGACUGGAAAGAGUUUUCGAGAUCCUGCAGAUGUAGCCAGGACCUUGCGAGACACCUUGGAUGCUGGGGCAUCUGUGAACUUCUUCGUGUUCCAUGGGGGCACCUCUUUUGGCUUCUGUGGUCCCGGUGGAAACAUCUCCAAUGUUGGACUUUAUGAACCUCAGGUGACAUCAUAUGAUUAUGGUGGCUUAUUGGAUGAAGCCGGGGAGGUCACUGAGAAGUAUUUGCGAUGUCAGGAAGUGCUGGCAGAUUUCCUGCAGAAGCCAGAGCUGUUGGAGAAGUCCUUUCCAAUGUCGCGGCGGCUGCCGGAAUCGCCGCCAUUGGAAUUGGAGGCAUCGCUAUCACUGGAGGAGUCUUUGCCUGUUAUGGCUACACCCAUCACCUCAGCUGUGCCUGUGCCUGCAGAACAAGUGGGUUUGGGCUAUGGCUACAUCAUGUAUCGGACCAAGGUUCCCAGCACCAACAAGCUGCCCCUGACCUUUGGCAAGGAAGCCAUCCGAGACUUCGCCAGCGUCAUGACGGAGGGACGGGUCUUGGGGACCAUCUACCGGAACGACACCCGUCCGGGGGCGAGGGAGUUUGAUCUGCCGGAGCAGGGCUGUCAUUUGGAAGUCCUGGUGGACAUGAUGGGCCGAGUGAAUUUUGGCCCGGCCCUCCUGACAGAACGCAAGGGCCUCGUUGGUCCGGGCAGUGUGCAACUGGGAUCACCCUUUACUGGCCCGAUGCGUGCAGUGCUGGGAUGGGAGAUUUUUCCCCUGCCGAUGGAUGAAGAAAUGUUGUCGGAGAUUCCAUGGGAUACUCGCAAGGUGAAUAGGCAGUGGAACCGGGGACCUCGCUUCUUUCGGUAUGUCCUUCACGUUCAGCAACCUGCCGACGGCUUUUUGGCCUUGGAUGGAUUCAAAAAAGGCUUCGCUGUGAUCAACGGCUUCAAUCUGGGCCGCUACUGGGAGGUGGGCCCCCAGAGAUCAUUGUACAUCCCUGGACCCGUUCUUCAACGAGGGCGCAAUGAGGUCUUGAUUUUCGACAUCGACAGCCCUGCCUGUGAUAGGGCCCCUCCGGCUCCCAGGAUUGUGUCAAAAGCCAUUUGGUCCUCAGGCGUUUUGCCAGCAGGAGCAAAGGAAGCUGCAGCAACUGUCUCAAGUAUCUUCCAAUCCUGGACAGCUUGAGACGAUCUGGAGCAAAGACUCCAGAGAUAUUUGCCCAAAGUGGUUUGUACAAAGCUGUGUCAUGCUGAGUACCAAAGAAACAUCUAUGCAAAUUGAUUUCUGGAAAAC